GACAGAUAGACAGAUAGAUAGAUAGAUAGAUAGAUAGAUAGAUGUCUAAUGACACUGACAUUCAAUAAGACAGCCUCCAAUUAGUCCGUCAUCCACAGUGUAUAAAGAUGCCGUCAGGUGAUGGGAAAAGUGACAUGGAGCGUGUGGGGGUCUUUAAAGAGAUGAGCUACAUCUCUGUAGGAGACAAGUACAACCCACCCACCAGCCGUCCAUUUAAUGAGUCGGCCUAUCGUAGCCGACAGAUGCAGGCGGGUGUGGCUAAACAACGAUGUGCCCUGCAGAACGGCUUUUUUGAGAAAUCCUUCAAACGGGUAUUUGAACGUGAAGCACUGAGUGACCCGGUGAAACUUGCCCGACAGAACCGCAUCCAGCAGGCCAAAAAGAACCUGGGCAAGGCGUUCCUGCCCUGUAAUGGAGUCAAGAAGCCCUGUGGUUCAGGUAGUUACUAUGGGACUCUAUCUGGACCGGUUGAAUCCAUGAGUCCACUCUCAGUCACCCGGAAAGUCAAUCGCGCUCCUGGACGCAACAUUGUCACCUCACCUCCCAAGAAAGGCAGUGGUUACAGCUAUCCCAAUGUGACACUGUCCAAGAUUGAGCUGUAUGCCUCAGACCCCUAUAACAGAGCCAAAGAAGCAAUGAAGAAAGAGGCAGCAAUCCAUCACUCCAAGAUAAAAGAUGGCCCCUUUAAACUCAACCUUCACCCCAGAGAUUACUUCCAAGGUAAUCCAUAUCGCUCUGACAAGCCACCCCCACCAGCAAACAAGUCCCUCCCAGCUGCACAGAAGGUCUCCACAGUUCCCUUCAAGCCGUCGUCCCCCAGCAAAAAGAUUGGAGGAAUGAAAGCGGGGACGUUUGGCACUUAUCCCUCACAUUCUGCAGAUCCGUACGUCAUUCGCCGUUCCAAACCAACCAAGCAAGAGCCAAUCUUCCGUCCUGUACCUGGUCCUAAGAGCAUACCUGUCAAGAGUAUCAUCACUGUCAAUGUCAACAGGAGUGUGAACUCUGCAAACUACACCUCAACCAUUCCAGCUGUGAUGACCUUCUGACUUCAUUACCCAUACUGCACCAGCACUGGCUGACUUGAGUUAUUUUACUACUUCUGUGUUUUUUUCUAUCGGCCACAGGAUUCAUACAGAUAUAAUGCUUUAAAAAAUGUUUAUCACAAAAUUUAUUUAUAUAGAUGGAUCAAAGGAUUAAUUCAAUUGGAAAGUGUUUUUUGUUUUGCAUCUUUGUUUCAUUUUCUCUUUCGGGUAUCUUUGUAAUGGAUGUUGCACCCAAUAACAAACAAGAGAUCAAAUAAAGCUGAGAAGUUACUUUGGUCUUGCACUGUGUGACAGGAUGCUUUUACAAUGAGACUUUAUGGAAAAGAAGAAUUACCCAUGAUCAGUACAACAGUAUGUCUAUGCAAGUUGUUUACAAUGUUCUUUUCAAAAGAACUGGAUGAUGGUUGUUUGGUCCUCGAGGUCAGAGAGUUAGUGCUGAUUGACACUGACUGAUGUGUUGCCUUGUGUCGCCUCAUGUCUUCUAUUAAACGUUGUUCUUAAACACA